AUGACGGUCUCACCGCCAGCGUCGCCAUCGGGCCCUGCCCCGCGACCCAUCAGCGCGGUGAUGCGCACACCACGCAGUAGUAGUCGAUUGAGUAUGAGCAGCAGACAAGGUGGAAGCCGUGCCUCAGAUGAGGAUGGCAAGACCGCUGUGAAAGUUGCUGUUCGAGUUCGACCUCCACUUAAACAAACCGACCCCGGAUACGAGUUAAUACCCCAACGAUUCCAGCGCUCCAUGGUUCACGUUACAGCUUCCACCAGCUUGGCCGUGGACGUACCACAAGGGCGCAAGCUUUUUGUUUUUGAUCGCGUUUUCCCAGAGACAGUGGACCAGGAUGGGAUUUGGGAGUACCUUAGUGACAGUGUCAGCUCCUUUCUCCAGGGAUACAAUGUUUCGAUCCUGGCCUACGGUCAAUCCGGCGCUGGAAAAUCUUAUACAAUGGGCACAUCAGGCCCCGGCGAAUUGGGCAAUGAGAAUGCGAUGGGUAUCAUUCCCCGUGCUGCACAGCUCUUGUUUGAUACAUUGGACGGUCCAGCCAAGCACGCCCGAAAUGGGUCCAGUUCAACCGGCACUGGCCUUCGAACUCCACAGCGGUAUUCGAUGAGCUCUGCAGCGAGCUUUGGAAAGCUGAACAUUGAGAAGAACUGGCAGCUCAAGGCUACCUAUGUCGAGAUCUACAAUGAGCAUCUCCGGGACCUGCUCCUGCCCGAAUCCGCGGCUGCCUCCGGCGAUCGCAGCAAUGUCACUAUUCGCGAAGAUGCUAAAGGACGUAUUCUUCUCACAGGCCUGCACCAAGUCAACAUUAACUCGUUUGAUGACCUGAUCGGUGCCUUGAACUUUGGAUCCGCUAUUCGUCAAACCGAUUCCACCGCCAUCAAUGCCAAAUCAUCUCGAUCGCACGCAGUAUUCAGUUUGAACCUGGUGCAGCGCAAGAGUUCUGGCCAACCUAGCUCACCCAAAGAAAAGCGCAUGUCUAUGCCGGUCGAUUCCUUCUCAAAUGGCGAUUCUGUGACGGUGGACAGCAAGCUCCACUUUGUUGAUUUGGCCGGUAGCGAACGGCUGAAGAACACUGGAGCUUCCGGUGAACGUGCCAAGGAGGGUAUCUCCAUUAAUGCUGGUCUUGCCGCCCUCGGCAAGGUCAUCUCCCAGCUCUCCUCUCGCCAAUCUGGAUCCCAUGUUUCUUACCGUGACUCCAAACUUACCCGCCUGCUACAAGACUCGCUGGGUGGCAACGCUAUCACCUACAUGAUUGCCUGUGUGACCCCAGCGGAGUUCCACUUGAGCGAGACCCUCAACACUGUCCAGUACGCCCAGCGCGCUCGCGCCAUACAAAGUAAGCCCCGCAUCCAGCAUGUUACGGACGAGAGCGACAAGCAGGCCUUGAUUGAGCGUCUCAAGGCCGAAGUUGUUUUCCUCCGCAAUCAGAUUCGGAAUUCCGAGGCAACAGAGCGCCGCGACCCAGUCAACACCGAGCGUAAUGAGCGCAAGAAUGAGCGGGAGAUUCAAUUGCAAAACCAGCUGCUUGAUGUCCAGGAGAGCUACAACGCCUUGAGCCAACGUCACACCAAGCUGAUCUCGACAUUGGCGACCGAUUCGGAAAAUGCCGAAGCCAAUGAUGCUGUUUCGGAUCUUAGUAAAGACUCGAUUGAGCGUAUGCAGCGCUCGCGAUCAUUCGCCGCGUCUGUCGAGCAAGUUGUGCUUGAAUACGAGAAGACCAUUCAGAGUUUGGAGUCAUCGCUUUCCGACACCCGCUCGUCUUUGUCAUGCUCCGAGAGUGCUCUUUUGGAGCGUGAAACUAAGUGCACUUACGUCGAGACCGUCAAUUCGCAGCUUCAGUCUCGCCUGCAGAAGCUGUUGGACCGGGAAACUAGCAACGAGACCUACCUGCACGAGCUUGAAUCCAAGCUGGAUGGUGCCUCUACUGGAGAGGAGAAGCACGCUGCCAUUGUGGCCGAAUUGCGCAAAGAGCUCAGCCGCGCUCGUGAGAAUGAAGGAAGCUGUGAAGAGUAUAUCUCUACACUCGAAGACCGCCUUGCCGAGUCUGAUCAGGACAUGGAGCUGAUGCAGCGGGAGGUGAUUCGUCUGGAGCACGUUAUCCAUCGCCAGCGGGGUCUGGGUACGCUGGAUAACUUGCUUCACGACCUGGAUAACCGUCACAAGCUGCCCGAGGGAUCGGAAGGUGCCAAUGGUGUUGAUCCUGCCUACACUUCGUCUGCCAAGUUCUCCCACAGACAUACCCCCUCAUUGGAUGUUCUGAACGAGGCCGUGGAAACUGCCAUCCCCGAGUCGGACGAAGACCUGGUUGAGCCUAUCCCGGAGGAGGACGAGAGGGAAGCUACCCCUGAAGAUAAAUCCACUGGUGAUGACCUGGAGGUCCUCGAGAACCUGACCAACAAGCUUGAGGCUCGUCGCUCCGAAGCCCUGCGCGAGGAGCCUCUCCACAGCCCUGCGCAAUCCAAGUUUGUUGCCGACAAGCUUGAGACCGUUACCCAGGAGCUCUUUGAUCUCCGUCUUAGCCACGAGACUGCCGUGAGCGACUAUGAGACGCUCGAGGCCAAGUACGAGGAGGCUCUAAGGGCUAUUGCCGAGCUUCGCCAAGAUAAGAUUGAUGAAACCCUUCAUCCCGCUCCCGUUGCUCAGAACGAGGCCUCUCGGCCUGUUUCUUUUUUAGACAACGGAGACGCUCCGGUCUUGAAGUAUGGAGGUCAACACUCAUUCUCGCAAUCGCUCUCCUCGGAAUUGUCUUCGGCCGGUGGAUCGGCUGCAUUGCUCGAGUCUUCUGAAGAGUCCAAGCUGGAGAACGAGUCGGUGCCUGUUACUCCUGUCACCUCUACCGCUACCGCUCAACAGGAGAGCGAGGAAGUUGAGCAGAUGCGCAACAUGCUUGCUGAGCACAAGGUUGGUGCUGAUCUCAUGGCUCAGAAGUAUUCCGAGCUCCAGAGCGAACACGAGGAGAUUUUGGGCAUUGUUGAGAGGCUGAAGGCUGAGGCCGAGGCCCAGCGUACCAAGUCCAGCUCUCCUACUACACCCGGUUUCAAGAUGAUCCGCCGCAUGACCAGCCAGAAUCUUCUUUCCGGUGUUGACCGUGCUCACCGUUCUCUCACUGCACUCCGGAUCAUUGCCAACGAGGAGUUUGCCGAGAAGCCCGAUACUUUCCAAAGCUUUGAGACUCACCUUGAUGCCACUAUGCAUGAAUUGUCUACUCGUAUGGAGCGUCUCCAGUCCCUGGAGGCUGAGAACCACAGCGUGAAAAGAGAGAUGGAAAUGAAGGCCACUAUUAUUUCCGGUCUCACUCGUGAACGGUCCAGCUUGUCAGGUGCCUCAUCCGUGGACAUGGCUCUUGUCAACCAACUCCGUGACCAGAUUGUCAGCCAAGAGAUUCAGAUCAACGAACUUCGGGAGGCCCACGAGACCCGCGAGAAGGGUCUGAUGGCUGAGAUUGAAACUCUCAAAGGACUUCUCAAGAGCCAAGAGAAUGCUACCAAGGCUAUGGAUGCUGGAGCUGAUGAGCAAGACAAGCGGAUUGACGACUUGGAGGGUGAACUGACCGCGUGGAAGGGCAAGCACCAAACUGCCCACGAGUCAUUGCAGUCCUCCGAGAACCAACUCACCACCACCCUUGCCGAACUCGAGACUGCCCUAGCCGCUGUUGAGGCUAUGCGUGCUGCUGCUGCUUCGAGUGACGCCAAUGCUGACAAGGAGGCCACUGCGAAGGAGCUGGAGAGCGAACGAGCUAAGCAGGAGGAGCAUGUGAAUGCUCUGACCAAGGUUAUCGACGAGCACAAGUCUACCAUUGCAACCCAGUUGGAGACUAUCUCUGGCUUGGAGAAGUCGCACGCUACUGCUCAAGAGCAGCUGCUCGCCCAACAGACUGAUGAAGUUCUUGCCACUGGCGCGCCCGAUGCGUCCAAAAUUGCUGAGCUUGAGCAGCUGAUCGCAUCCCACCGAUCCGCCAUCGACUCACAACAAACCGAUCUUCAAGCGAUGCAAGAAGCCCACAAGCGCGAACUGGCCGAGCUUGAGGAACGGGCCAAGGCUGCCGCUCAAGCCGAACACGAGUCCCAGCUUUCCGAGAAGGAUGCCAAAUAUGACCAGUCGAUGGCAGUCCUCCAGAAGGACAUUACGGAAUCUCGCAAUGAGUUGCUGAACCUUCUCAGGGCCGUCUCGGGUCUGCUCAGCUCGGAUGUUACCGCCGAAACUUUGACAGACCAGAUCCAAGAUGUUCUGGCUCAGAAGCAGCACUUCUCUGAGAAGUACGUUGAGCUGAUGGAUACCAAUGAGAAUCUUCGCAAGCAGCUUGAGGACAAGACUCUUAACAACGCCGAGAUUGAGGAACUCACAAAGAAGAGCACCACCCAGGACGCCAAGGUUAAUGAGCUGGCUCUCUUGGUUGCCACACUGGAAGACACUCUUCUUCAAAAGGAGGAGCAGGUCAAGAAGAAGGAAGCCCUGAUUGAGGAGAUUUCCUCUGAGAAGGAAAAGAGUGUCCGUCUGGUCGAGGAGCUUGAGGAACAAAUCACCAGCAGCUUUGACCAGCACCACAACCGUCUGUCCGUUAUCCAAGCGGAGCGUGACAGCGCACUUGAAGAUGCCAAGGCUCGCGUUGUUGUUCUUGAGAAGGAUAUUGAGACCUACCAAGUCCGCAUCGAGCAACUUGAGCUUCAAAUCAAGAACAACGGUGGCCAAGAUAGUUACCAUGACCGUAGCAGCUCCAUGACCUCCAACCUCCGCAAGAGCGCAUCCGCCGCAUCCCUACCCUCGCCUCCCCCCGCCAUUCCUCUUCCCCCCCCUUCCCACCAUUGCCGCUCACUUGUCGAAGACCAGGAGGCCCGCAUCCGUACCAUCGAGAAGCACCUGUACGCUGAGAAGCAGCUCACUGCUACCCUGGAAGAGGCACUCGGUGACCUCGAAGCCCAGAGCAGCAAGGUCAAGACCGACUGCGAAGCCUGGAAGAAGAAGGCCUGGAGUCUGGAUGACGAAUUGUCUACCCUCCGCAAGGAGCGCAACUCCGCCCGCCUUUCCCUGCAGGCUGUCGAGGAAGAGCGAAGCGCCCGCAAGGAAGCCGAAGCCGCGCGCGCCCAACUCGAAGAGCGCAUGAAUGCUCUUAACAAGAAAAAGAAGAAGAGCACCCUCAACUGCUUUUAA